AUGGCCGCCACGACUUCAUCGUGCAUUCAGAAGCGCACCACCAAACUCGAAUCACGUCGCAUCUGCUUCACCCAAGAACCACCAUCCGUCUUUGAGUACCCGGACGAGAAUUGCACAAUGGAAUGGGGGGAAUGGCGACAAGGACACCCCAUCUCCUAUGAUGAAUAUCAGCGAAUCGUUCAAGCAGCCAGCGACGAGGCCCAAGCCCAACUGAAUCAACUGGCCAGGUGGCGACAACAAAUGCAAAUGAAGUUUGUGGAUCAGGAGCAGGCUCUGGAGAGUGAGUUUUGAUUUUGGGCAUGGGCAUGGGCGGGGGGGGGGGGGUAAAAAUGAUUUUUUUUUGAAAAGUUGAACUUGGUCCCCCCUGUAAAUUUAAAAAUUUUAAAAUUUUGAAAAAAAAAAUUUUUUUGAGUUUUUUAAGUUUGUCAUUCCAGACGCAGUUCAACAACUGAACCAAACCGCGUUGAUCAGUUCCCAAACCAGUUCCCAAACGUCAUCGAAACCCACCGACAAUUCACCACCUCGCUUCACCUUCAACACUAGCUCCCAACCUCCACUACGCCGGGAAUGCGGAACGUCGGCCAUCUAA